CAGUUUGGAGGGGGUGAGGGGGGGGUCUCUCUCUCUCUCUCUCUCUCGCUCCCUCCCUGCGCGUCCAGUGGGUGAGAGGGGGGAGACCAGCCACACUCAACCGACAAGCCGGUGCGCGCCUCCGUCAUCCUCUCUCGACGGCAUCACCAUCCGUCCUGGAAGCCUCCUCCCCCCCCACCCGUUUCGGUCCUUGCCGCAGCAGAAUCUGCCCUUUGCGUCCCCCCCCCCAACCCAGCUUUGCAUCUGAAUGACGGGCGGAAGGUUCGACUUCGACGACGGAGGCACUUACUGCGGGGGUUGGGAGGAUGGCAAAGCCCACGGACACGGCAUCUGCACCGGACCCAAGGGCCAGGGCGAGUACGCGGGCUCCUGGUCGCACGGCUUCGAGAUAGUCGGCGUGUACACCUGGCCCAGCGGGAACACCUACAAGGGAUACUGGUCCCAGGGCAAGCGGCAUGGGCUCGGCGUGGAGAAUAAAGGCAAGUGGAUCUACCGCGGGGAGUGGAGCCAUGGCUUCAAGGGGCGCUACGGCGUCCGGCAGAGCCACAACACACCUGCGAGGUACGACGGCACCUGGAGCAACGGACUCCAAGAUGGAUAUGGCAUUGAGACCUACGGCGAUGGAGGCACCUAUCAAGGCCAGUGGAUGGGCGGCAUGCGGCAUGGCUACGGCGUGCGCCAGAGCGUCCCGUACGGGAUGGCGACCGUCAUCCGCUCGCCUCUGCGUACGUCCAUGGCUUCCCUGCGCUCGGAGCAGAGCAACGGCACCGUGCUCCAGGACCUCUCCUCCCCCACGGACACCAUCACAGGCAACCGCGGCGGCUUCGUGCUCAACUUCCACUCGGACAGCGAGGUGGUGACGGGCAAGAAGAAGGGCCUCUUCCGCCGCGGCUCGCUCUUCGGGAGCCUCCGCCAGCUGCGCAAGUCCGACUCUCGGACGUCCAUCUCCAGCAAGCGCAGCUCGGCGCGCAGCGACGCCACCAUGAGCCGCAUCAGCUCCAGCGACGCCAACUCCACCAUAUCCAUCGGCGACGGCGAGCUCCAAGACGAGGACCUUCUCCUGGAGGACCACGUGGACGCCACCACCACCGAGACCUACAUGGGCGAGUGGAAGAACGACAAGCGCAACGGAUUUGGCGUUUCGGAGAGAUCCAACGGGAUGAAGUACGAGGGAGAGUGGCUGAACAACAAGCGCCAUGGUUACGGCUGCACCGUUUUCCCAGAUGGCACCAAAGAAGAAGGGAAGUACAAAAAUAACGUGCUGGUGCGUGGAAUAAGGAAGCAGCUGAUUCCGCUAAAGAAUCCCAAAACCAAAGAGAAGGUGGAUCGGGCUGUUGAGGGGGCGCAGAGAGCGGCGGCCAUCGCCAGAAGUAAAGUGGAAAUAGCUUCUUCCAGGACGGCCCAUGCCAGGACUAAAAGCGAGGCCGCGGACCAGGCCGCCCUCUCUGCCGUGCACGAUGCCGAAAUCGCCAGAUCGGUCGCAAGGGAGCUGGCGCCCAACUUCUAUCAACCAGGGCCGGACUACGUCAAACAGCAGUUUAAAGAGCCGGUGGAGAUUAAAGAGGUUCCUGUUGAAAAGAAGGACGGCUCGCCGAGAGAUUCUCCCCACUUUUAUCGCAAAGGUACCACUCCUCCUCGUUCCCCGGCGAACAGUCCCGGGGGCUCACCUCCCCCCUCGCCCCACUCCGGCAAGAAGAAAGGUCACCUCGCCAACAGCAACGGCCGCAAAACGAGCAAAGAGGAGCAAACGGCUCGUAAAAUAAGCAAGGAAGAGAAAUCAGCUCAUAAAAGCAGCAAAGACGAGCGUUCCAGCAAGAAGCCCAGCAAAGAGGACAGGUCGUCCGUCCCCGACGGCCCUAAGGGUUCUCACACGCACAUCGAGGCCCCACCUAAACCCGCUAAACUUCAGCAGCCGACCCCGCCUUCCGCUGCCCAACCUCCCGCCAACCCUCCUUCACAACCUCCUGCCAUCCCGGUCAACGGCCAGCUCCACACCGAGUACCACAGCUACUACGUCAAGGCCCCCGUCAAAGGCCCCCCACCCCCUGAUCCAGAGGAAGACCCCGAGGAAGAGCCUAGCGCCCUGGCCCUGGCGCGUAUGCCGCCGCAAUCCAGGUCCUUCAGCCCCGCGACACCCAAGCCGGCCUCCAUGCGGGACGGCAAGGGCGAACUGAAACUCAGGAAGCAAGAUUCCCUCAAGCCAAAGAGUCUCGCUGACACAAAGAAAGCCAGUAUGGAGAUUGCAGAAAGCUCGGAGGAAACGGGUCCUAACUCCAUCCUGGUUGCCAUGGUAAUGCUGUUGAAUAUCGGCCUUGCGAUUAUAUUUGUCCAUUUUCUGACAUGAUAGUUCUCAUUCUCAGUGACAAGACGGCAAGCUAUGCAGCUGCAUCGCCGGCCUUUGGGGGGGGGGGGAUGGCGCCAACGAGUCCGAGCGGCGGCCGGAGGUGUUUGGUUAACAGCAUGACUCCAUGAAGACAACGGACAGGGAGACGCCGUCACAAUCGCCGCCUCUGCCAAAUUCCUCUGGGGUAAAUCUGAGGUGAAAUGUCGUGUCUGGUAAUUUAAAGAAACCAAUCAAAUCCUAGUCCGAGUCAUUUGGCGCCGAGGCGGGGCGGGGCGGGGCGUUGGGGGAGGAAGAGGAGGCCUGACGGACUAUUGCUGCCGGGAAGAAAGCGGAGCUGCACUUUUGAAGAUGACGGGAGCAAACGGCUGCCUUUCUAUUUUGCCAUCACGAGGCGGAGGUGAGGAUGGCGGGAGGGCGGACGGCCCUUUCCCGCCAAUUUCCCGCCAGGAAGCUGGCCUGUCGCUACGCUGUCAGUGCUAGCACGCUCACUCGCCAGUCUUACCUCCAUGUUUGUCCAAAUCCUCAAAACCAGCCUCCCUCUCAUUCAUUGCAUGAACUUUCUUUUCAUCUUCUUUCAUUUUCUUCUCUUAUUUUGAAAACCCCUCACACCAAUUGUCAUAAGAAUGCAAUAUGUUAUGCUUUUUCGAUAUUUUGCCAAAACAACACACACAAAAAAAGAUAUCUUGUCCUUUAAAGAGACUGAAGAGGAAGCGAGCGUGCUGAUUGACAGCUGGCAAAGGAAGUUUAUUGACGCCGGCUGUCCAGAGUGAUGUCUUAUCGUGUUAUUUAUUGAAAUCAGAAUGACUUCAUGUACGGGCUCGUCGUCUCCACGGUCCUCCAACACUGCUUGCAUGCCUGGCAUCCAAACAGUAUUUUAGCUUGAU